AUGAUGAUUCCGAUAUCAUCUAGUAUGAGAUCGCUUUUCCUAAUAGUGGCUUCUUUGUUUUUCUUUCUUGUCGCGACUCUUGCAUCCGUCGAGCCACGUCCAACUCCCAUAAUAUUGAGGCAUGACAACCAAAGUAGCGACUUCGCCUCUGCCAUUUCCGACAUGAGAAGGGAAUCUUACUACGGUUUUGUCACCCUUCUCCACAUCCUCAACGAUACAAACUUGUUCAGGAACCAAGAGAUCACUUUCUUGAUGCCUAGCGACGACGAUCUCUCUCAAGCAGACAUGAGUCGAGAGGAUCUUCAGACAUUUAUCCUAAGACAUACGAUCCCUGCGUGGCUUUUGAUCAACCACAUGCUUCGUUUUCCAAACAAAACUCUUGUUCCUUGUAGCAUCCCUGACAAAAUGUUCACCAUCACAAGAUCCGGUGGGUCGGGGCUUUAUGUAAACAAUGCGAGGAUCGUUUCUCCUAACGUUUGUCAGAAUUCUCGCAUAUCUUGCCACGGAAUCAGCAACGUUAUUUCAUUCUCCGAAGACUCCUCCUCGAGGGUUAUGUUAUCACACAAAAUGUUAUCAUCAGUUCGUGGAAAAAUCACUUCGUCGAGGCACUGA